ACACUGUAUAAAAGCCAGGGCCUGUUACCUUAGCUAAACAUUACAUUACAUUUACACAAUUUGACUGCCAAAAUGAAAUAUUUGGUUCUGGCUCUGCUGCUAUGUGCUCUGGCGUCUCUAUCUAACGCAGAGUGCUUCGGCAAGGCUGUGGAAGCAGGCGCGACUCAUUGUCAGGACGAUGUUGAUCAAACGUGGCAUGCUGUAGGAUCCAAGUGGAGAAACAGUGCAUGCAUGGACUGUUCUUGUGUGGGCUGCUGCUCUGCGUAUUCAACCCCCAGAAGUUUCCCUGAUGACUGUGUGUCAGUUUUUGACUCUCAGAAUUGUGAAUACGUAGUGCACAAGAGAAACAACCCAAAAGAACGCUGUCCAAUUUAUGGUGCAGUAGGAAAGUGAUGGAGUCAUCUGAAGGUCUGAAGUGUUUUCUUGUGUGAGAGAGAGUGAGAGGCAUGUAAAUGUAGAUCCCUCACUGGCUUCUCACUAGGAAACACUGCCUGCCUGGUUGGUGCACAUGACCCAACAGAAACCACAGCUGCUGAAAACUUAAAAUGAAAUACUGUCAUAAAUAACAUUUCAAAUAAAUCAAUGAAAAGUCA